GCGAGUAAAAGUGUGUGGACUGAGGUGUCACUCUGUGGUAAACAGUCGCUGUUAAUGGUCUCUAACUUUAGUCCAGCUAACGGUCGCUGUUAAGAGUCGAUACGUUCACUCUGGUUUGACUACAACAAGUUAGAGGACAAAAUCAUGUGAUCAUGAUGUUGUACGCAUGGUUGGUUAGCAGGCCUACCCGGAACCGCGGAUGUCCACUUCCGGAGACACUUCCACAAAGUACAAGCUUUACAAAACUGCUUUACGACGACUUCAAUCCAGACGUUGACAUAUUGCUGUGCGGAAUGUUGUGAUGUCUGGCAUAGGCAAAUUAACAGUUAUAAUCAGGCAUAGUUAUCACAGUAGCGCCUCAUCUUCUACGCCGUGGUCUGCUAGCCACUGCCACAUGCAAGGGAUGUGCUCGUAAUUGAUUGGUGUAUAUUGACAGGGCUCAACUGUUUGGCGCGGAACAGUACCUUCAUGGAAAUAAUAUUGUAACUUUGAUAAAAAUUGACAAGAUAAUGAGCGGAGAUGAAGAUGACAUGGUGUCACGGACACAUCCUAAUGAAAGGCUUAAUGAUAGCGAUGCAACAGUGACAGACAUUGAACACAGGGAAGCUAAACCAAAACAUGUAUCAGCUAAUCUAUGGGAGAAAUUUAAGGCUCUGGAGAAAAGAACAGAUGAGGUUACCAGGAGAUCUACUGAGAGACGGAUGAAACUCCUGAGGAAUGACAUCACUUUGAAAGUACAGGAGCACCUGGAUUUAGACAGUCAUGGCAGUGGCACAGGUCAUGCUGUGUUACCUGGUAGUGGUGGUCACUCAGAGCUCAGCGAUUCAGCCAGGUAUUCCUCAAGCAAAACAGUCAGCAAGAAGAUAACAAACACCAGUGGAGUCACUGACAUAACUAGAUCACAGCCUACACAGUGGGAUGACGUCAGAAAGCACCUAGCUAUUGAUUACCCCGCAGAGGAUAAAUCUAGAGGUGGGAAAACACGACUAGAGCUGCAGAUUGAAACUGCCUUAAACAAGGGAGACUACUCCUUAGCAGAUCAGCUCAGUGAUCAGCUGGCUAACAGACAGUUUGGUGAAAAAAUUGCACAUGGAUUUGAUGCAAGUGAGUUUUUGAAGCGAAAAAAGGAAGAAGAAGCAAAGCAUGAGGCAAAAAAGAAGAAAAAACUAAAUUGGGGAUUUGAACACAAACAGAGGUGGGAAAGUAAGUCCAAUAUGUGAAAGGGAUUGUCUACCACAGAAAACAGGAUGCCUCCAGGUUAUUUCAAGCUUGUAGCAGCGAAUCAACCCUACUUUUAAUGAACAUUAAAUGGGACUGUUCAAAAUCAAUGAUAUACCUGUCAUGGUUACACAUCUACACAAAAACUGAAGGUCCUAAAUGUUUGUGAGCUUUUCUAGUCUGUGAAUGAAAGCAAGUUUGUGAAAUAAAAACUAAUCCUCUUAUUGGUAAACCAUCAUGUUUAGUCAUUU